AUGUUUGGUAGACCCGGUAUAUUUGGAAGGCCUGGUAUGUUUGGCAGGCCUGCAACAGGCACAGGUACAGGCACAGGUACUAUGGCCGGUACAGGCUGUACUGCUGGUAUAGGCUGUACGGCCGGCACUGGUAUAGGCUGUACGGCUGGUACUGGUAUAGGCUGCACAGCCGGUAUAGGCUGUAUUGCCGGUAUAGGCUGUACAGCCGGUACAGCUGGCACUGCCGGCACGGCCGGCACGGCCGGCACAGCCGGUAUAGCAGGUACAGCCGGUACGGCUGGUACUGCUGGUAUACCAGGUACUCCGGGCAUCAUUGGAACUGGAGGAAGGCCAGAUCACGAAGCGCUGAUGCAUGGAUGGAGCCAUUGCGAAAUGUUUUGA